AUGAAAAUAACAUUACUACUAGUCGUAACUAUCGUCCAAAUCGCACUGUGUGCCAAAAACGCCAAACCGAAGCCUGCCACCGACACGCGAUCGUUAGAGCAAAUAAAGAAAGAUCUAGAAAAGCACGAAGAGUAUUUGCUAAGUAUCAGCAGGAACAGAACCAACUCCACACCCCUGGGAGUGAGCGAUCUGGGCGAAAAACCGUAUGUUAAACCACCCACUAAGCCUGGGAAGAAUUACAAGAUUAUUUACCCAGACCUAAUACAAAAAUGGGCUCUAAACAUAGCUAAGAAGCUCCACGCCACAGAAGAAUACGUGGUCCGCCGGGAGGCGCUGCUGUCCAGCUUCAAAAACGUCAAGAGCGGCAAGCGAGAUGGCGCCUCCAUCGUCAACAAGGCCGCCGGGGCCUUCUCGGACCUGCUGAAGAAGAGAGCGGAGGCUGCGGCGGCCAUUAUGAAGAAGGCUGAACAGUUGCAGAGCAAGACUAAAGCGCCGGAGGGUUACCAAUUCAAAUACAGCUAUAAACUAGGUGAACCAAAGCCAUCUCCAAAGAAGCCAGACGGACACGAUUACUACUUCAUGAAGCUGAUGACAUGUCGCAGCCAGAACUACGAGGUGUUGCACGACAGCGCACACUUUGACGCCAAGAUGUCACUUAACUCCAGCAGCGUGCACGUCGCCACUGAGGUGUUUGACUGCGAUCCAAAUGUCCUCAGUGACAUGCACUGGUCAGAAGCUUUAGACACAGUGUUCCGAGACAACUACCACCAAGACGCCUCGCUUGGAUUCCAAUAUUUCUGCAGUGCCAAAGGCUUUUUAAGACAUUACCCGGCUGCAUCCUGGGAAUCAAUGCAGAAACUGGACUUGUCACUGGAGCAGGAAGACGAUGAAUACCAGGACAUCAGUCCGACGGGCGUGUACGACUGCCGCUUGCGUCCGUGGUACGUGAGCGCGGGCGGCGCGCCGAGGGACAUCCUCAUCAUGCUGGACGCGUCAGGCUCCAUGUACAACUCCUCCAACAAGGUCAUAGCCGAGCAGUUCAUCUUAGCGUUGCUCAGUGCCCUGACUGAUGAUGACCACAUUAACGUGCUGAGGUUUAACAUAACGGUCACGCCGAUCAUACCCUGCUUCGGUGAGGACAUGCUCAUAUCGGCGAACCACAUCAACACAGCAGCCAUCAUGGCCUCGAUGAAGUAUCUGCAGUUUAUGAAUGAGACAGAUAUGACUGUUGUUUUGACGCACGCAGUACGAACAUUACAAGAACAGCGGGAGAAACCAGGGCGCCGGCGACCCUGCCAGCAGGCGAUCGUGCUUAUCACAGACACCUUGAACGAGAAUAUGACGGAACUCAUCAAAAUAUUAGACCCGGAUGGGUCUAUAAGAUUGUAUGUGAUCUGGCUGCACGACCCAUACGGCGUGAGAGACAACAGCCGCGAGUACAGCCUCCAUCUCAGUUGCACCCGAGAUGGCUACUUUGCGGAGCUCACCACACAUGCGGAUGUCACGGAGCAGGUUUUGCGCCUUCUUCGCGUGCUAGAACGUCCUCUAGUGGCGCAGAGGAAGGAACGCCUCACGGUUUUCAGUGAUGUCUACGCGCAUGUCGAGGAUCCAAGACGCAGUGAAGUCCACUGGAUCGAAAAAGAGAAUGUAGAACAGAAAGACCGCUACUUCGCUCUGCGGCGCGAUAAAAAUAAACUGCUUGACCCGGAGCAACUUAUGAAGGAUUACAUGCAUUCAGUUAAGCUAGAUGAAUAUGGACAGUACUAUGAAGGUAUCGAUGUGGACUAUCGCUUGCAAAUAAGCGUCUCUGUACCUGUAUUUGAAAAUACUACCAUGGAGAAUGUUACCAUCACUCUUGCCGAAGAAUUACAAAGGAAAGCAACACGAACGUACCCAGUCAACCGCCUUCUCGGGGUGGCAGGAGUUGACAUACCUAUCGAUCACUUGAAGCUUGUCCUGCCCUUUUAUCAAGUGGGUGCCGGCGGUAGACUUUUUAUAGUAGACCACAGAGGAAAUAUUAUACUGCACGAAAAUUUGAAGCCUACGUUCGAUGGCGAUAUCCUGAAGCCGGGAUAUCGGACUGUGGACUUCCUCGAUUUGGAGCAAGAUGCAGAAAGUCAUGUACCAAGACCAUACCCUGAAAAACGGAUUAAGUUCCGUAGUCGGAUCCUAAUCAACCGCACGGAGGGCACCGAGACCCUUGCCGGCAAGUACAUCUUCGAGCACGCCAUGCGAGCCCUCAUCGAAGAGCGGGAAUACCACUGGCGAAGAGUGCACGACCACUACACGGUUGUGGCCGUCUUGCCUCGGCAUCGGCAGCCUCAUGUCGUGCCGACGGCAACUAGGUUUACACAGAAGAUGGCGCAAGAAGCUGUGAAGGCCCUGACUGACCCUGAUUUUGUUGUCCAGCCCGAUUGGUUAUACUGCCAAUACGUGCACAAAAAGUUUGACAGUCCGAAGUUGGAACUACUGGAAUUCUUGGAACGUCGUAGACACGAGCCAAAUUUUCCUAUGAAAAGACUGGAACACGUAUUCUCGCCUUUUCUUGACGGGUCUGGUGAUCUGGAAACAUCGUAUCAAUGUGACGAAGAGUUGAUGGCGCGAGUGUGUUCGGAUGCGAUCGCAACUGAGACCUGGGCGAGUCGCCAGGAAGGGCCGGGGCUCAACUGUACUGAGUGCUACUUCGGCUCCGUCACCGCUUUUGUGGCUACGGAGAGCGGAUUAACGCGUUGGCAACACUGGCACGUUACGGGCUCAGUAAAUCCCCCGGACGGCGCGCUAUGGGCGCGUGGGCCUGGCGAACCGUGGUACGUUCGAGCAGCCGCUUCGCCCGGCACGCUCAUCGUUCAUGCUCCAGUCGCACCGAUCCGGCUAAGAAGGACCACUAUGACGGACGCAUGGCCACCACCGCUAGGAGAACAGUCUAAAUGGCUGACAGCAGCCCAAGUGCUGGAACUGCAACGCGAGCACGAAUCGGAGAAGGCAGUGGUCGGCGUCGUGGGCUUCCAUUUCCAUCCACAGUAUCUGAGAGACGUUUUGAAGGAGUACACUGACUUUGACUAUACCCAAGAUGAAGACCCACUGCACACGACGUGCGACGGUAUUUACUGGUCUUGUCUGCUGGUGGACGACGGUGGAUGGGUCGUGGCAGCCAAUGGAGACACGUACGAAGAUAUGGAGAGUCACGAGGUGCCUCUCCGGCGUCACCUAGCCACGCUAUACCCGGCGGCCAUGACAGUUCUGCUGAAGCAAAAGGUGUUCGAACUCAACUGGAUUCACGACUACCAGGCCGUGUGCUUCCCUCCCGCGGAGGAAGAGAUGUCAGCGGGUCCUAUGAUGCCUUCAAUAUUGCGGUCAGUGUGGCAUGCCACGAAAACAAUAGUUCGUGUGGCAAGCGAAGCUGUCCUUAUUGUGGCGGUAUCAACUUAUGGCUCUCUGGCGUCUGGUGAGACCGCAUUCGAAAAAGAAAAGAGACGUAGAGCUACAAAAAAGAGCUUCGAGCGCGAGGCCUUCGACCGUCUUUUCGACGAACGCGUGUUAGUUAACCGAACCAGGAUAGCCGCAUGCGACCGAUCGCGACCACUUUACGUGUUAAAUCGUGCAAGAGCGUCAAAGGCGUUUAGCCGUCCAGUAGACGAGACUACCUGCGCGUGGCCGGUCGCAGGCGCAAUGCUACCUCAUACUAACUUGCUUCUAUUGGCGGUGUUCAAACCCUGCAUGGACGCAAGCGUACCGACCCCGCCUCCCGACCCUAUGAUAAACCAGAAGGUGACGACAGAAGAUGACGACGAGCCUAAAACCGUCCCGUCAGCAGCGCUGCUGGCGUGCGCGCGCAACGUCGUGCCGCUAGCCACUCGGCCGCCGCACACCACCUGUUUUCCACACCGUUACCAAGAGGAGGAAGGCUACCGGCAGUGCGGCCCGUGGCUACCGGACGUGGAACAACCAGACGAGGAUUCUGGCUACACCACCAACGUCUCACAAAUACUUUUGCUUCUAGCUCUUUCUGUGCGGCUAAUUGUAUAG